AUGUCUCCCUCCGGUUGUGUUUCUAUGCUUUUCCUUGCGGUUUUGACAUUGCAGAGUGCAGAAACGCGAAGGUUGGGUGAGAAUAACAGUUCAAUCCCUGCAGUUUUUGUUUUCGGUGACUCUACAGUUGAUUCCGGCAACAACAACUACAUUCAAACUAUUAGUCGGAGCAACUUCCCGCCCUACGGAAAGGAUCUCCCCGACCACAUUGCCACCGGAAGGUUCACCAACGGCAAGCUCGUCACCGACUUUUUGGCUUCUUAUGCGGGGAUCAAAGAAAUGAUACCACCCUACUUAGACCCCACGCUUACCGUUGACGACCUCAAGACCGGAGUCUGUUUUGCUUCUGCUGGCACUGGCUUCGACCCCCUUACUGCCCAACUCAAUGUCGUAAUUCCUAUAGAAAAGCAAGUGAAAUAUUUUAAAGAGUACAAAUCAAGAAUGGAAGUGGAGAUUGGAAAGGAGAGGACGAGAAGGCUGAUAAGUAAUGCUUUUUUUCUAAUAAGCGCGGGCACUAACGAUUUUAUGGUUAAUUAUUAUGGGCCCACGCAAAUUCGAAGCAAAACCUACAAUAUUUCUGGCUAUCAGGAUUUUAUAUUACAGCUUGCCCAACAGCUCAUUCAGGGAAUAAUGGAGCUGGGGGCGAGGAGGAUUGCUUUUGUGGGAUUGCCACCAAUAGGAUGCGUGCCAGCUGUCAUCACACUUAAUUCGGACAAUGCCCUCACUCACCGCGGCUGCAUCCAGCGCCUCUCCGCCGUCGCCCGCCGUUAUAACACCUUACUCCAAAUCAAAUUGGCGGCUCUACAAAAGCAAACUCCCGCCGCCACUAUAAUUUAUGUCGAUAUAUUUAAUAACAUAGAUCGCAUGGUCAGAAAUCCCCAACAAUUCGGAUUUGAAAAUGUGAACCAGGGCUGCUGCGGGAGCGGAAUGAUAGAAUUCUCGGUGUUAUGUAAUUCAUACUCUCCGAUUUGCUCGGAUGAUUCAAAGUAUCUCUUCUGGGACGCCGUACACCCAACUCAAGCAGCUUACUAUUCUGUUUUUCUGGGCCUCCGUCCGCUUGUUGAUCGAUUUAUAAAGAAGUAGCUGCUUAGUCCUUUUUGUUUUUUUUUUUAUUCAAAAAUUAUUUUCUCUUUAUUUAUACUAUAUUGAAAAUUUAUUUUUCUUUUAUGUAUAAAGAUUCUCUCCUGAUCCUAUGAAACA